AAUUGUUGGCCACCUGUACUGUCUGGAGGAAUCAGUCCUUGCAUUAUCAUUGAAACGCCCCAUAAAGAAAUAGAAACAAGUGACUUCUCUAGAUUUACAAAUUACAGAUUUAAAAAUCUUUUUAUUAAUCCUUCACCUCUGCCAGAUUUAAGCUGGGGGUGUUCACAGGAGGUUUGGCUAAACAUGCUACAAAAGGAGAGCAGAUACGUGCAUGACAAACAUUUUGAAGUUCUGCAUUCUGACCUGGAACCACAGAUGAGGUCAAUACUUUUAGACUGGCUUUUAGAGGUUUGUGAAGUAUACACACUUCAUAGGGAGACAUUUUACCUUGCCCAAGACUUUUUUGACAGAUUUAUGUUGACACAGAAAGAUGUAAAUAAAAAUAUGCUUCAACUCAUUGGGAUUACCUCAUUGUUCAUUGCUUCUAAACUUGAGGUAAGUUCUUAAAUUUCAUACAGAUAUAUUUAUUGU